AUGUUGAGCUCCCCAUCCUCAUUUCACACGGCUUUGGAUUUUCCAUCGUCGCCGUCUCCAUCCUCUAUGGCAGACAGCACAGAUGAACGUGGGAAUUCUUUAGAGAAUCCGCAAUAUUGCCAAGCAAACAAAAUCUCUAGAGAAAUUGAGGACCAUGUCAAAAUAUACUUUGAUGAGCGGAUGUAUAACCACGCCCUCAUCUUACUUUCCGAUGUCCUUACCUCUGGCAUUUCACAUUCAACUACAACCUCGAAAGCUCCCUGUAUACCGAUCCCCAAGUUUCUACAAAUAGCCAGCACAUUGCUAGUACAUCCUAUCACUACAACUCGAGCCCAGCAUGAUCAUGUUGAAGUAGCCUCCAGAUCCAUUACUCUUCUACGAAAUACCCUUACUGAAAUUGGUCCUAAGAAUGCCAAUCUCCAAAAAGCAUUUUCCUUUGAAUCUGGCAGACACACCCGUCGAGUCUAUGGCGAUGGAGAGAGUGAUUCUAACAGUGAUGACGACGAUAAUAUAAAAGGGAUUGUAUCUCAAAAUGGACUGUGGAGAUGCGCCAAGGACUUCUGGCAAAUAGUGGGCUGGUCAUUUAAUUGCAGCGUUAGGUAUCCCAAGAGGUGGAGGUAUUGGAAGGUUCUUUUGGAGUAUCUAUUAGACGUACUGGAUGCGGACUGGCACGAGCGAGAGACUAUGGAUGAAGCGGCAUUCAACGCUCAAGUAAAUCAGAGCCAAGGGAAUGAGAUGCUUCAAGGUUCGUUACUGGUACAAUAUCUAGGCGUCUCUGGUCAAAAUCGUAAUGGGACCGCUGUUAGACGGAUCGUAAAGGCAGCCUUUGCGGACGGAUCCGCGCAAUCCAUGAAGGCAUAUCCAGAAAUUUUUGGGAAUGAAACCAAAGACAUCAAGAAAGACGAAUCACAAAAACGAAAAUGGGAAGACAGCAAAGAUAUUAAGGAAAUGGGCUUCGGUGAUUUCGAUGAAGAGGAAGAGGGAGAUCUAGCAUCAGAUACAUCAGAGGGUCAAGAGGAAGCAGCCUCAAAGCAGGGCAAGAAAGGCGGCCUGACAUAUUCUUCUAAUAUUGGAGACCCGGACUCUAUUCGCUUGCGUCAAAGAAUCAUAACUCUGCUAUCACGCGUUUCCGCGACCAUUCCGCAAAAAUCCAUGCCUCUACGUGAUGUUUAUGACCUCCUCGCAGAGUUCACCGUAGCACUUCCUAUCGCAUCGUUUUCACUUCUCCUCAAUAUCUCGCAUACAUCACCUUUCCCUUCUGUGGUGCUUGUCUCGCUUAUACAAUUAUUAUGCUCGCGAUAUCUUCCAAAAUCUGCAGUUCGUCCUCAAGAUGUUGAGGAUUUCAAGAACGACACACUCACGCAACGAAUCCUCGAGAUCUGUUAUCUUCCGCAUUGUCCUAUGACUUCAUCCAUAGAGGACAAUGCCAAAUAUUCGAUCUUGGUGGAAAAUCUAUUCCGCCUAUUCUUGACGGAUUGUGAAGGUCUUCACACACCUGAUUUAGAUGACGCGAUUGAAAGGGGAAUCAGCGCAAGAGAGAAGAAGUGCAAGACGGAUGGAAGACGGAAAGCAGAUGCAAUCAAGAGGAAGGAGGAAAUUGCAAAGUUCUUUCUAGAUGCAAGCUCAAGAAGAUUAAGAAGUUUAGUGGACUGGGUAGAAGAGUCUAGUACUUAG